GAAUCUGCUGACAGGUGGAGUCAGAAUGAGAGGGAAGUAGUGACAGUGAUACCUUUUUUUUGCAAAGCUGCAUGGAAGUGUCGCAGAAGAAUAGUGAGAAAGACGUAGACUCGGACAGCAGGAUGGGGGGAGAGAAGAGAGAAGAUUCAAGCUUCUCGAUCGAAGAAGAUGUUGAUGAAGACUCUGGGAUUGGCAUCAAAGUGGAUAGAAGUUUAUCUGUGAGUGUAGGCUCAGCUGAACCUUUAGAAAUAGAGUUGGACUGGAUUGUAACUACAGGACACACAGAUGUGUUAAAAAGCUAUGAGCAAAAAGAGGGAAGUCCAGAAAGAGAUGGAGGAAGUCAAACUUCAGAGGAAGGUGAGACGGAGGCUGAUUCAGGGUCAACGGAGAAUGAAGGGCCUGAAGCAGAGAAAAGAGAAGAGAUUGAUGAUCAGAAUGAAGCGUUGAAAGAAGAGGAGAUGGAGGGGUCGCUGGAUGUGUAUUUGUUGCCACUAGAGGAGGGUGGGGGUCACGUACGCAUCUGUCUGGAGGAGGUGGAAAGAUACUACAGAUUUUCUCGCUGCUGCCACUGGCUGUGUGAUGAGAUCAUGCAGCUGGACAGCAGUCCCCUCCGAGCUGCUGACAUCACCCCCGACCUCAAGAAGAAGUUUGCCAUCCUUUCAGGAGGAAGAGGGGAUAAUGGAAGCCCCGUCAUUGUGUUCCCAGAGUUCCCUGCGUUCGGAGAGAUCACGGACGGAGAGUUUCACAACGUGCUGACCUACCUGACCAGCGUGCCCAGUUUGUCUUCGACGGGCGUGGGUUUCAUUCUGGUUAUUGAUCGCCGGCAAGACCGAUGGGCAGCUGUCAAGGGGACCCUGCUACGAAUCGCAGGCUCCUUCCCAGGGAACCUCCAGCUGGUUCUGGUUCUGAGGCCCACCGCCCUCCUGCAGCGAACGCUCUCAGACAUCCUCUUCAAGUUCAACAAGGAUGAGUUCAAAAUGAAGGUGCCGGUGAUCAUGCUGAGCUCAAUCACUGAGCUGCACACCUACAUCGACCGCUCCCAGCUGACCCUGGAGCUCGGAGGAACGCAGGAGUACUGCCACGAGAAGUGGAUCUCUCACCGCACCGCUAUUGAAGGCUUUGCUUUGAUGGUAAAGAAAACAGCACAGAUCCUGCAGUCGUUUGGGACCGAGCUGGCUGAAACGGAACUCCCCAAUGAAAUUCAGGCCACAACCGUCCUGCUGAGCACACACACCAACAAGAAAGACAAAAUGAAGGGGGAUCUGUGUGUGGCUCUGGGUCAGGGUCGCAGGCUGCUGGAGAGCAUCAAUGAGCCGGUGGUGCGAGACCCCGACCACAACAUGAACCAGGAUGAACUGGAGAACCUGGCUACAGUGCAAAGGCUGUUGUCCCAGCUCGACGAGACAGAACGGGCUUUCGAUGAUUUCUGGGUGAGGCAUCAAACCAAACUGGAGCAGUGUCUCCAACUGCGCCACUUUGAGCACAACUACAGAGAGGUCAGGGCUCUGCUGGAUCAGGUGUCUGAGAAACUCACAACCUUCUCUGAGGUGGGGAUCAGCCCGGCCCACGCCGAACACAUCUUCUGUGAACUCACCACGUAUGAGGAGAGAGUCUGUGAAGGGCUGGACAGAGCUGCGUCGUUGGCCCGUCAGGGAGAUGAGCUGAUCCAGAACUCGCACUACGCCGAGGACUCGAUUCAGCCCAAAUGCAGCGAGCUCAGAACGAUCAGUGAGAACGUGAGCAGCAGCCUGAGGGUCAAUAAGGAACACCUCCUCAAAGCCAUGGAGCUGCACCGCAGUUUGGAGAGAGCUUCUAAAUGGGUUGAUGAUGGUAUUUACAUGCUGGCGUCUCAGCCUGUGGACAAGUGUCAAUCACACGAGGGGGCGGAGCUAGCCCUGAAGGAGCUGGAGCGUUACCUUGACGACGCAGGCCAGAACCAACUGACGGAACUCGGCACCAUCUGGACCGAGUUCGAGGCGGUGCUGAACCCGCAGUUCAAAGACCAAGUGGAGAAGGUGUUCCAGAAGCAGACGUCCAUGCAGGAGAUGUUUGACAAGAGGAGGGUCAGCCUGAAGAAGCUCGCAGCCAAACAGACCAGGCCGGUGCAGCCGGUGGCCCCCAGACCAGAGGCCUUCAUCAAAUCCCCUCUGAACUCACCCGCACACAGAGCUCAGCAGGAGAAGAGGUGCUCCGAGACAGACUCUGAGAGCAACUGUGAAAAAGAAAACGGCCAGCUGCAGAACGGAGACGGCAACAGCAGACAUGCCUCUCUGUCGGAGGAGGAGGAGAACCUGGCCGUGCUCAGGAGGCACGUUAUGAACGAGCUGCUGGAAACUGAGAGAGCCUACGUUGAGGAGCUGCUCUGUGUAUUACAGGGAUAUGCCUCUGAGAUGGAUAAUGCAGCCAUGGCCCCCCUCAUCCCCACUCCUUUGCAGAACAAAAAGGAUGUUCUGUUUGGCAACAUGACAGAAAUCUACCACUUCCACAAGAGGACGUUUCUGAGGGAGUUGGAGCAGUACACUGACUGCCCAGAGUUGGUUGGAAGAUGUUUCUUAGAAAGGAUGACAGACCUGCAGAUCUAUGAGAAAUACUGCCACAACAAGCCCCGCUCUGAGAGCCUGUGGAGGCAGUGCUCAGACUGUGCCUUCUUCCAGGAGUGUCAGAAGAAGCUGGAGCAUAAACUCGGCUUGGAUUCCUACCUGCUGAAGCCUGUUCAGAGGAUAACCAAAUAUCAGCUGCUCCUGAAGGAAAUGCUGAAGUACAGUAAGAGCUGUGAGGGGGCGGAUGACCUGCAGGCGGCACUCACCUCCAUCCUCGGCAUCCUGAAGGCCGUCAACGACUCCAUGCACCUCAUCGCCAUCACAGGAUAUGAGGGGAACAUGAGUGAGCUGGGUAAGCUGCUGAUGCAGGGCUCGUUCAGCGUGUGGACGGAGCACAAGAAAGGUCACGCCAAGGUCAAGGAUUUGGCUCGUUUCAAGCCGAUGCAGAGGCACCUGUUCCUCCACGAGAAGACGCUGCUCUUCUGCAAGAGGAGGGAGGAGAACGGGGAGGGCUACGAGAAAGCCCCCUCGUACAGCUUCAAACAAUCCCUCAAUAUGAGUGCUGUUGGAAUUACUGAGAAUGCAAAGGGAGACAACAAGAAGUUUGAAAUCUGGUGCAACUCCAGAGAAGAGGUGUACAUCGUUCAGGCUCCGACAGCUGAAGUAAAAACCACCUGGGUGAACGAGAUCAGGAAGGUCCUGACAACCCAGCUGGAAGCGUGCAGAGCGAGCCAGCAGAGGGCACCAGAUCAGGUUCUCCAGUCUCCUGCUCUCAGUGGAUCAGUAAAUCUCAGUCCAUUCAAGUCCGGUCAGAAGAGCUUAAAGAGGGGAGAGGAGAAGAAAGCUGAGCCCUGCAGCCUGGAUGCGAACUGCUCCUCUUCACCAAAGCCUACAGGAAAAGAUGAGGCUGUGACAAGCCCGACCUCAGACAGAGCUGCUGUGGCUAAAAAGCGCUUUACUUUACAGGGCUGUAACCUCAAAGCUCAGAAAGCUGGUUCCCCUACGAGCCCCGAUCACAAGACGAAGCGGCAGAGUGACCCGACGCCUUUCGGCUUCAAAGGAUGGAACAAAGCCUCCCUGUCGCUGGACGCCUCAGAGGAGCGUGAUGGAUAUUCCAGCGCUGAGGAACCUCUAAACUCUGACCAAGAGGACGACACCGGCAAGAAGCUGAGUGCCGGCAAAUAUACAGUGAUGGUUGACUAUGAGAAUAGCGGCGCUGAAGAGAUCUCAGUGAAGAGUGGGGACGUGAUGCAGCUGGUCAAGGAAGGGGAGGACGGACAGUGGUUGGUGCGUAACCUGAGCAGCUCCACAGAGGGCUGGAUCACUGCUGCUAAUCUCAUCACGCUCAUUGGAAAGUCAAAGUCCUGCCAGUCUCUCACCAGCUCAGAAGGCAGUGGCUCUGGAAACCUCAGCACGUCGUCGAGCUGCAGUGAAACCUACAUGAGCUUCUCGGACAACAAACCCUGAACUCCUGCACUUCCUCCGUCACCAAACUGCCCUCAUGAUCGCUAGCAUCUGUGCUGUGUUGCCAACAUCAGAAGAAUUUCCUUAUUUUCCACAGAGCUGUAUAUUUUUUUUAAACGUCAUGCACACACCCAUUCUCAAGAUAGUGUCAUAUAUGUGCACAUGUUAGGGAUGCAAUUAUGGUGAAGAUACUGAAUAUAUGAAAACAUCACAGACACAGUGGGUAUAGUCAAAGGAUCUUCCUCCAGUCAUACACUUCUUGUCUUUUUUCUAAUGAAGAACCCUCUGUUCAUAAUGUAUUAGAUGUAUGAAUGGGCCAGCGGGACUGAUCUCAGUUAAUGCAUCUUUGUGUGUUCAUGUGGGGAGAGACGUGUGGUUAUAUGCAGAUGACAGAGCUGUCUUUGCGUUUAUCUGCACUAAUUCACCCCGGCAGGAGUAUAUAGAUCCCCUGUUACUGUACAUAAGACAGAAAGAUAAAUGCAGCUUGCUUAGCUUGACUGGAUGUUUUCUGAGAGUCCACUCACUGCGUCCUCUGCUCUUCCCUUUAAUUGUGUUAAUUUAUUUUUACGAAACAACAAAGCCGACAUGUAUUUAGUCACUUUAUCAUUUUUCUGCUUUUCUUACUGUCUUUUUACUUUGUUGGCUGUCUCUCUGUUGUCAUUAGAAACCUGUUCUGUCACCAGCUGCCCAGACUUUGUGUUUUUGAGGGUCUCUGACGGCCUCAUGGUCUAACUCUGUGAGUUUUCAUGUACGCUACAGUUUAAAAAAGCUUCUCCAUGUGGAUAAUCAGAGGUCACUGUAAAGCGCUAACUUAUUCCCCGUGGAGGGAUCACGUUCUGAAUGUAGAUAUUGUUCAUUAAUUUCUGUCUGUCAUGAAAUGUUUGUUAUUUGAGAUGCUAUAUUGUACAUUACGUAUGGUGCGUCACUACUUUGUGACUUGUCUAAUUUUUUUUUUUUACAUAAACGACUUGUGAUAAAUCA